AUGUCAGGACAAGAAGCUGCUGCUGCCGCUGCUACCAGCGAACAAAAUCUCCAAAAGGAUCCAGUCACUGGAGAGAUGAUCUCCAAGUCUGAGAUGAAGAGACGCCAGAAGCAACGUGAGAAGGAAGCUGCUAAGGCUGCUAAGGCCGCAGCCAAGCCUGCCGCUCCUGUUGCUAAGAAGAGCGCUGAGGAAGGCGAAGAAGACCUUAACCCCAACCAAUACUUUGAGAUCAGAUCCAAGAACAUCAACAAGCUUCGAACAACCCAAGAGCCCAACCCUUACCCACACAAGUUCCAAGUUGAUACCACCUUGCCCGAAUUCAUUGCCAAGUUCUCCCACCUCAAGGAUGAAGAGAGCUUGGAUGACAAGGUUGUUUAUGUUGCUGGCCGUAUUCACAACAUGAGAUCUGCCAGCUCCAAGCUUCGAUUUUACGAUUUGCAUGGUGAGGGUGUCAAGCUCCAGGUGAUGGCCUCAGCAACCGACGCUGAGCGUGAUUUCGCUGGCGCUCAUGACUUGUUGCGUCGUGGUGAUAUUGUCGGUAUUAAGGGUAUCCCUGCCAGAUCUAAGCGUGGUGAACUUUCUAUCCUCCCCAAGGAUAUCAUUUUGCUUUCCCCAUGCUUGCGUAUGUUGCCCAAGGCCAACUACGGUUUCAAGGAUCAAGAGCUUCGUUACCGCCAACGUUACCUUGAUUUGAUCAUGAACGGCAAUGUCCGCGAAAAGUUCAUUAUGCGUUCCAAGAUCAUCACUUAUCUCCGCAGAUUCUUGGACGAACGUAAUUUCCUCGAAGUUGAAACCCCCAUGAUGAACCAAAUCGCUGGUGGUGCCACUGCUAGACCUUUCAUCACCCAUCACAACGAUCUCAAGCUCGAUAUGUUCAUGCGUAUUGCUCCUGAAUUGUACCUCAAGAUGUUGACUGUUGGUGGUUUGGAUCGUGUAUACGAAAUCGGACGACAAUUCCGUAACGAAGGUAUCGAUAUGACCCACAACCCUGAAUUCACCUCUUGCGAAUUCUACCAAGCAUAUGCUGAUAUGUACGACUUGAUGGAGAUCACCGAAACUCUUUUGUCUGGCAUGGUCAAGGCUUUGACUGGUGAUACCAAGGUGAAGUACCAUCCCGAAGGUCCAGAUGGUCCUGAGAUGGAGAUCGAUUUCACCGCUCCUUUCAAGCGUGUCGAUAUGAUUACCACCCUCGAAGAGAAGCUCAAUGUCAAGUUCCCAUCUGCUGAUACUCUCGAAACUGAAGAGACCAACAAGUUCUUGUCUGAUCUCUGCAUCAAGCACAAUGUUGACUGCAGUGCUCCUCGCACUUCUGCUCGCCUUCUUGACAAGCUCGUUGGUGAUUUCAUUGAAGUCGACUGCAUUAGCCCUACUUUCAUCACUGGUCACCCUAUGGUCAUGUCACCAUUGGCCAAGAAGCACCGUGAUAUUCCCGGUCUUUGCGAACGUUUCGAAUGCUUUGUCGCCACCAAGGAAAUUUGCAAUGCCUACACUGAGUUGAACGAUCCCUUCGACCAGCGUGAGCGUUUCACACAGCAAGCCAAGGAUAAGGAUGCUGGUGAUGAUGAAGCUCAAGCUAUCGACGAGAACUUCUGUCAAGCUCUUGAGUAUGGUCUUCCUCCCACCGGUGGUUGGGGUAUGGGUAUUGAUCGUCUUGUCAUGUUCUUGACAGACUCCAACAACAUUAAGGAGGUUCUUUUGUUCCCUAUGAUGCGCCCAGAGGAAACAAACUAA